GGUGGUCCAUCCCUGGCCGUGAUUGUCCAUCCCUGGAUUGCAUUGCGCAAAAAAAAGAUAAACAACAAUUUCGCUCGCCGCAUUCGAUUGCAAUUUAUAUUUUUAUUAUUUAUUUAGCAUAUAUUACCCAAGCAAAGCUGCAGAAUAGCAAUGACUGGAAUGCUGAGAGGAGUCCUCUGCCGGCCCGAGCCGCGCCUGCUCUCCAUGCGUUGCCUUAGCUCAGCAGCUGGAGGCAGCUCAGGCACCACCACAGAGGGAGUCAGCACAGGCGCCACGCCCCUGCGCCCACGUCCAAAUGCCCUGACCGAUGAGAUCAUACGCGUCGAUCAUGCCGGCGAACUGGGCGCCGAUCGCAUCUACGCCGGGCAAAUGGCCAUUCUGGGCAACGGACCGCUUGGCAAGACCAUCGGCCAUAUGUGGGAGCAGGAGAAGGAGCACCGCAAGCAAUUCGAGCAGCUCAUCCAGCAGCAUCGCGUGCGUCCAACGAUCAUGACGCCGCUGUGGAACGUGGCCGGAUUUGUGCUGGGCGCUGGAACCGCUCUGAUGGGCGAAAAGGCGGCCAUGGCCUGCACGGUGGCCGUGGAGACGGUCAUUGUGGAGCACUACAACGACCAGCUGCGCCAGAUCAUGGAGGCACCCAAUCCCGACAAGGAGCUGCUAGCGACAAUCACCAAGUUUCGGGACGAGGAGCAGGAGCACCACGACACGGGCAUCGAUCACGGGGCUGAGCAGGCGCCCUUCUACCAGGCCAUGACCGAGGUGAUCAAGUUCGGCUGCAAGACGGCCAUUGCCAUUUCGAAGAAGAUCUAGGCGGAGGAGUAGUUGGGCCGCCACCCCACCCCCUGUAUAUAUCAAAACUAUCUGUUCCCGCACCAUGUUAAGCAUUAAAGGCAGAGCUAAAUGUCCAGUACUCACCACCUUCGCACUGGGUGCCUUGGUAGCCCUCCGGACAGGUGCAGAUGGACGGCGCCGUGCAGUUGCCGCCGUUGAGGCACUGCGGGAAACAGAAGGCCGUCUCGCAGUAUUGGCCCGUAUAGCCCACGUUGCACUUGCAGAUGUGAUGCUCGUUGCAGUAGCCGUUCUUGCCGCACUUCAAACUGCAUUCUGGAUCGGGAGCUUAAGUUUAUUUAGUUUAGUUCAAUCGUUCGCAGGUAACGAGACAUUAACAUUAACACACAUUUAACACUUGGUCACAUCUGGACUCGCAGAGGACUAAGCAGAGCAAAUAGGAACCACAGAAAGGGGGAAAGAUGGAGUGGAUACAUAGGUCGACAGAUAGAAAGAUAGGAAAGCGGUUGGCGUGGAAUAAGGGACCUCAGGGGCUAUUUUAUUAUGCAGAACGUUAUUAAAACACAUUUAAAGAAGUCUCGAGUAGUGAGUGAAUGGAACUUGCGGAAAACAGCAUUGAAAUGCAUGUAUGUAUACACUGUAGAACGAAUUGUUUCUUAAAAAGUGAAGCUAAUUUUUUGUAAAACCAUAUUUUAAAGAAAAUAUUAACUGUACUGUUCUGAUUUGUAUUUUCGAAAAAUAUUGACGAGUUCGAUUUGACUUUGAAUGCGUUUUUUAAGCAGCUUGGUCAAUUUUUAACAAUUAUUAGCUUAGGUUUAUAUUUAAACCUUAAUAUACCUUUAUAUAAAUAAAUAAAAAAAGAGUUAUAUCA